AAGUGGCUUUAAGGUAGAUCUACGCCCACAUACAAUAAUUGGCCACCAUGUUUUACGUCAAGCAGCAAGUGCUUUCUGUGUCCUGGAGAUCUUGGUCACUACAUUUUGAAGCUAAAAACUAUUCUAGAGUCAAGAAAGAUGCCAAGAGAGCCAACCUAGGAAGUAUAGUGCAAUACUCUUGUUGUAUGAGCCUGCUUUCCCAGGCUCUUUGGGCUGUGACAGAGAGUCAAGAACUGAUCGUUCUGGCUGUCCCAGAUUCUCUCUCCCUUUCUCUCUCAGUGUUUCUAAUAUCAAUAGCACGAGGAGCAGGUGCCUGUCUUAACUUCUCUCCAGUGGUUGUCCUUAUACUGAUGUAUCGUCAUAUUGCUACACUCAUUAGACUCUCUUUUUUAUUUCCACUGGACAAGUUCAUUAAACUACACAAGAUUGUGGGGUAUACUAUUAUUGUACUAUCCCUUGUUCAUUUCUUGGCACAUCUUGCAAAUUUCAGUUACAUUGAAAUUAACGACAGCAUAUAUUCUAAUUCUUCAAUGGUCCAGUACUUGUUUGGUGUUGGUACUAUUGGUUGGGUCUAUGGCUCUGCUGGACUAACAGGACUCCUAUUACUAAUAAUAUUAAUAAUAAUGUUUAUAUGCUCGCUGCCUGUUGUAAGACGUAAAGGAAAAUUUGAAGUAUUCUACUGGUCUCAUUGCCUGUACAUCAUCUGGUAUAUUGUAUUGAUACUUCAUGGGCCUCACUUCUGGAAGUGGUUCGUUGGUCCUGCUAUCGUAUUUAUAAUUGAGAAGAUAUUUCGGUCGAAAUUGUUUCACAUUAUACAUUAUGGAGGCACGUUUAUUGAAGAAGUAAACCUGCUACCAUCCAAGAUAGAUAGUUUCCCAAGGAGGUUAGGUACUCUAGUCCACAGGAGGUUCAGUUUUAAAGGAAGGGAAAAGAUACAGUCACAGGAUGAGAGACAACCAUCAACACACACUAUCAGGAAAUACGGAGGAAAAUAUAAGUCAUUCUUUUGUGACAGCAGAUUUGAGGUACAUAUUGAUGGUCCUUAUGGUACCCCCUCCAGUGCUAUAUUCCAAUCAGAACAUGCUGUACUGAUCAGCAGUGGUAUUGGAGUGACUCCAUUUGCCUCUAUACUCCAGAGUAUAAUGAACAGGUUUAAACUGAGCAAACAAAAGUGUCCUCACUGCUCUCACUCAUGGACUGGAGAAAUACCAUCAACCAUACUGAACCUUAAGAAGGUUGAUUUCAUUUGGAUCAAUCGUGACCAGAGACACUUUGAGUGGCUAGUCAUGGAGCUACUGAAUGAACUGGAAAUGGAACAGAAUGAAUAUGGAACACUAAUGGAUCGGUUCCUUGAUAUGCACAUGUACAUCACAUUAGCUUUACAAAGGACUGAUGUUAAAGCAUUAGGAGUACAAAUGGCUCUUGAUCUGAUACACAAAGAAAAGAACAUUGAUUUUAUAACUGGACUGAAGACCAGGACACAGACUGGUAGACCUAACUGGGAUAAGAUAUUUAAAGAUCUAAAGGAGAGUGGAUAUGGACCAGUGACAGUAUUCUAUUGUGGGUCACCAGUACUGGCUAGAGUAUUAUCAGUGAAGUCUCAAUAUUAUGGAUUUAAAUUAACAAUAAUAAUGAUGAUGAUAUAACUUCACUGUGUCCCACUCUUAUUUAUGUGUCUCUUUUUUGCUUUUA